AGCGGAGGAGAAGGAGUCUCUCCCCAGACCCGUCCCCGCCCCCGCCGACCCCCGGCCGCGACGGCGCGGCGUCCCCGGGCCCGGCCCGGCGAUGCUGAGGGUGAAGGAGGAGGAAGAGGAGGAGGAAGGGCGGCUGCUCGCCGAAUAGAGGCGCGGCGGGAGCGGGGCCGGGCACCUGCCCCGCCGGGCUGCCGCAGGGCACCGCAGGGCGCCCCGACCCGACCCGCCCCGCCGGCGGGAGGCAGAGCCACCCUCCCCGGCCGCCGCCGUCCCGCGGAGGAGCGGCGGGCAAAGGGGCAUCCCCGCAGCCCCCCGCGGUCAUGCACUGAGCGCCGCCGCGCCCGUCCAUGGGGCGGCGCUGAGGGGCGGCGCGGCGGGAGGGCGCCGGGGGCAGGAUGAAGUCCCUGCUCUUCAGCCGCUUUCUCCUACUGCUGCCCUGGGUGCUCAUCGUCAUCAUCGUGCUGGACAUCGACAGCAGCCGGGCGCCGCUGCCCGCCCUGGCCCCCCGCGGGGGCGGCGGGGGUAGCGGGGGGGCCCGGCCGGCGGCGGCCCGGGCGCCCCCGCAGCGGCGGCCCGAGGCGGCGCUGCCCACCAUCUAUGCCAUCACGCCCACCUACAGCCGCCCGGUGCAGAAGGCCGAGCUCACCCGCCUGGCCAACACCUUCCGGCAGGUGGCGCGGCUCCACUGGAUCCUGGUGGAGGACGCGGCGGCGCGCAGCGAGCUGGUGAGCCGCUUCGUGGCGGGCGCCGGCCUGCCCUGCACGCACCUCCACGUCCCCACGCCGCGACGCUACAAGCGGCCGGGGCUGCCCCGCGCUACCGAGCAGCGCAACGCUGGCCUGGCCUGGCUGCGGCAGCGGCACCAGCACCUGCCGCCCCCACAGCCCGGGGUGCUCUUCUUCGCCGACGACGACAACACCUACAGUCUGGAGCUUUUCCAGGAGAUGCGUACAACCCGCAAAGUGUCAGUGUGGCCCGUGGGACUGGUAGGAGGACGACGGUAUGAGCGCCCAGUCGUGGAAAACGGCAAAGUUGUUGGCUGGUACACUGGCUGGAGAGCUGACAGGCCCUUUGCUAUUGACAUGGCAGGAUUUGCUGUGAGUCUUCAAGUGAUUCUGUCGCAUCCAAAAGCCGUAUUCAAGCGCCGCGGUUCUCAGCCAGGAAUGCAAGAAUCUGAUUUUCUGAAACAGAUAACAACGGUGGAGGAACUGGAGCCUAAAGCAAACAACUGCACAAAGGUUCUUGUAUGGCACACACGAACAGAAAAAGUAAAUCUAGCUAACGAGCCAAAAUACCAUCUGGACACAGUCAAUAUUGAGGUAUGAUGUGGAGACGCAGUUACACAGGAAGUACAGUACGACGGGCGCGUCGGAAGGCGUUCAAAUUCAGCCAGUGAAAUAGCCUACUUCUGCGCGAGAGCUAUUAAUAGUCAUCUGACGGACUUCUGUGGAAACAAAAGGAAGCUGUCAGAUACCCUAAUAAGCAAAUCAAGUGGGUGUGCUUUGUUCUAACUUGUCUGCAUGCUUUUCUGACCUCUCGUCUCAAUAAUCUGACACUUACCUUUGUUUUAAGGCUGUUUCCACGUAGUAAAAACAAUCAAGAGAAACGUGGCCGCAAUGGAGUAUUUUCAAAAUCAUUGUUUAUGUAUAUACUUUUUGUAUUUAUCCAGCUUGAUGGUGUAAUUAUAAACAAACAGAUUUUACAUCGCCAACUGUCCAUCUAAAUAUUUGCAUAAAUGGAUCCUCCAAAUUGAACAUGUUUUCAUUCGUUAAAAGUAGAAU